AUGAAAGAGGCAAAAAAGGUGGGGCUAAAAGCGUUACCCAAUCAGGAAAAGACCUACGAUGAUCCAAGAUUUAUCAAGUUAUACGAUUCAGGUUCUGAGUAUACCAUGGAUGAAAAUGACGAGGGCCCCACAUUUGCUCACCUUAAAAACAUAAAAAUUUGCAAUGAAGAGAAAAAAAAAACGCUUAGUAAGAUAUGCUGCACCAAGAAUUACCUUUUCGUUGGUACUUGUAGUGUGUUCAACCAAGUGCGCGUCUUUAAUUACAACAAUUUGAUUAACUCCAAAAAGGAGAGCGAAGAUUUGAGUAGUAUCCCCAUAGUAGGCGACAAUAAGCAAACAAGUGAAGGACAAAGUAAAAAAAAUAAAAAGGAAGAACCGCGUGGACUGAAUAAUCACGGUGAAGCCUUCAUCAGCUUAUGUGACAUUUACAGGAAGAGCAAAUUUUAUACGGCCAAACAGGACUACAGCAAGGACAACAUGCUAAGCAUAGACCUUUUCCAGAAUAAAAUUAAUAGGAAAAACGUGAAGAGAAGCAACAGUGUGCAUAAAAAGGUGCAUCAAGGGCAUUCCACGAAUGAGGCGAACUCGAAGGAAAUUGCACCAAAAGGGGAAAGAAACAUCAGUGACAAUAUUGUAAAGGAGGAGAAGCAGAAAAAAAAGGAAAACAAAUCGACCCAAAUCGAUUUAAAAGACAAAGUGAUGAAUUUCAACCAAAAGGGCUACCUAGAAUUAAGUGACAACGAAACAACAUUUCGGGAGGAAUAUUUAUACUAUGAUAAUUUUGCGGGGAUUCCCCCCCAAAAAAAAGACAUACACCCCAUUAGAAUUACGAACGAAAUGAGAGAAGAGGAAAGAAACAAAAGAGAAAAAGAAGAAGAAAUGGAAAAGAAAAAAAAAAUCGAUGAAGAAAAUUUGAGAAAUGAGCAGUUAGCAAAAAAUGGUUGCUACUUGAAUAAGGAUAUGUUAGAAAUAAACAUAGAUGUAAUUAAGAGAAAAACAACACAGGUGAAUAAUUUGCUAGAGUACAUUGGAGCUUUCGUUAAUGUAUCUUCCCCAAUCAUAGUGAUGAAAACAAAUCGUGAGGAAAAUAUUUUAUCUGUUUUAACCUUCGGCGGGGAUGUGUACAGCUAUGACAUCUGUGAACAUUCACUAAAACAGCUGAGGGAAAAAAGAAUUAAAAAAAUCGAAUUCUUUAGUAAUAUAGAGAAUUAUUUUAUGGAGCAAGAAAAAAAUAAUACAUCAAAUGAAUUCUUGGAGGAAGAUUUUUCAGAGGAGGUAACUGCAUCGGCAUUGUCUCUCUCCAAAUCACAUUUCACCAAUUCGGUAAAAUAUUUUGAUUUCCUCCCAGAUGAUAAAACGCUAAUUUGUGUGGGACAAAACAAGGACUACUUCCUUUCAUUUAUUAACUGCCAUAAUGGGAAGAAAAUUAUAUAUCAUAAAAAAAUAAAGGUUAAAAAGCUUAUCCACAACGUUGUCCUGAACUCGAAUAAAAUGAGUAAAGAUAAAAUGCUACCUACUCUCAUGCACGAUUUUAGCUAUGUAUAUGUGGAACGGGAGAAAAAAAAUUUUAAUGGCGAAAUUGGGAAUUAUGUUUACAUUGGAUCGUCCUGUGGUUACUUAGUUUUCAUUUUUCUUGGAGACAAGUUUCAGCGGUUUGUUAAUAAUUUACUGACGAAUGACCAGGUGAGGAGCGGCUCCCUCUUCACCUACGACGAAGGGGUCGAUGAAAACGUGUGGGCCGAUGAAAACGAGUGGGCCAAGAUCGUCACCCAGAGCGUCCUAGGCAACGUGGACGAUGUGUAUACAGUAAGGAAGGACGAGUUGUAUGCGCUUUACGGGGAUGAGCACAACGUGGGCAGCAGUACGAAGAUGAAUGGGAAUGGAAAUUUAAGCGGCAAUGUGGAUGACAAUCUGCGUGGCAACAUCGGUGGCAGCCUGAGCAACACUGCGCAUCGACCCAGUGACCAAGGCGCACCCCCUGACAACCCCAAGGAAAACAUUUUCAAAGAAGCAGAUCACAACUCCUUUUCCUACGCAUUAUGCAUUGCCAAGAAUGUAAAAAUAAACUCCAUUAUAAGCCUCAAUACACACAAAAAUGAGUACAUUCAUUUGAUUGUAGGGCUUAACGACGGACGAUUGCUGGACUUCCUUUUUCGUAUAUCCCCGCACUUUACUCCCACGUCCUCUUCCAUCACGAGCUGUGGGUACUACCCUGCUUUGAGUCAAAAUUGUUCGGAAAAAAAUCCCAGUCAUAAUAAGUCCCAAAGAAAUGGGAACACGGAGUGUGCUGAGGAUAAUCCUUCUUCCCGUAUCGAUAAUAUUAAUUUCAUACAAGAAAGCGAAAAAGAAUUGUAUGACUUCACAGGGUUACACAAAUCGAGCAGAAUAAGUAAAAUCAAUUUGUAUCAAAGUGGCUCGCAACAUUUUCUUGUUUUUAUAAAUUCAAAUGUGAAAAAAAUUCGCGAAAUGUCCGAUAAAAAAUUUUACACAACAUACGUGUUAAAUAUGUAUA